UUUACCCACCCUUGACAACCGACUCUUGUUUAUUUAUUUGUUUAUUUAUUCAUUCAUUCAUUUUGCAAAGGAAGCUCCUCCCAGCUGAGUUCAUCUCGGAAGUGUCCAUGCUCCGCUGCGCGCUGUCCCGCCUUGCGGUCGGCGCUCCCGGCCGCGCCGGCAGCAGUUUGCCCGGACUUCGCUGGAGCUGCGCCGGGACCAGGGCUCCACAGCGGCACAAGAUGACCGACCGAGGGCUUUCCGACGAGGCUGCUGCGGCCGCAUGCAAGGAGGGUAACCCGAUAACUCAGGACUACAUGAUGCAGCAGACCAUGCUGAGAGUAGGGGACCCGGUGAAAUCUCUGGAUUUCUACACACGGAUCCUGGGCAUGACGCUGCUGCAGAAGAUUGACUUCCCAUCCAUGCGAUUCACGCUUUACUUCCUCGGCUACGAGGACAGGAAGGAGAUCCCUGUGGACGUGAAAGAGAGGACAGCGUGGACCUUCUCCCGGCAAGCCACCAUCGAGCUCACCCAUAACUGGGGCUCAGAGUCCGAUGAAACCCAAUCCUACCACAACGGCAACUCCGACCCUCGUGGCUUUGGGCACAUCGGUAUUGCAGUUCCCGAUGUCUAUGCUGCUUGCAAACUGUUUGAAGAGCAGGGAGUCACUUUUGUGAAGAGGCCAGAUGAGGGUAAAAUCAGUGGACUGGCCUUCAUACAGGACCCAGAUGGAUACUGGAUCGAGAUUCUGAGCCCAAACAACAUGGUCUCCAUCAUCACCUAGGAACAGAGAGAUGAGGGUGAGCCGAGGGCGUGAAGACGGGAUUUAAAGAGAGAAGUUUAGAGCAGACAUGGAACCGUCGAGAAGACCAGAGAGAGAUCAGUGACAGUGCUGGUGGAGAGAGUCUCUUAGACAGCAGGAUUCACCUUCAUUUUAAAGGCACCUGCAAUGGAAAAAAUAA